UUUUGCAGGUUAAUUAUUUUAAUGCGUAAAGUUAAAUUAAGGUUCCCCAUCAAACAAGUUAAAUAGUUAAUAUUAAUGAACGUAUGAAACAUUGUAUUAAUAUUAUGACGUAAAUAGCGACUGGAACGGUGACCAAUCACAGAGUUUCCCUUCGGUAACUCGCGCGCCGCAGUUGCCAUGGUAACGGUCGAAUUUGGCGGCAAAGUUGAAAGUAAAAUAAAGUUAAAAGUGAAAAGUUUUAACGGAGACAAAACGCACAAACACCAGGAACUCGCAAAAGGGAGUUGAGCCAUCCUGCGUUUUUCUGGAGCUGUCGACCCUCAAAUCACAGCAAUGGAGGUGGGAACCAAGGACUUGAAGGAUGCUCUUCCAAGACACCAUCCCAUUGUGCAUGUGGAGGUCAUCCAGAAAUCCGACAGCACGGCAAAGAUGGAGGUCGUGGUGUCACACGUGAUGGAGCUGCUGAAGAGGCACCCGCUAGUGCUGUCUGACAUGUCUUGGGACUCGUUUGAAGACAGCUUCCUCCAAACCCACGUCCGGUCGGUGUCCAUCACGGACUUGGACCUGGAGUUCAAUGACCAACAGAUGGUGGAGCUACUGCAAACACCUGUGGAGGUGCACGUGAUCCAGCUGAAUGACGAGGGGCCAUCCAUGGAGGAGCUGAACCAGGGUGACGAGAAUCUCCCUGCAGCCCACCACUGGAUCCUGCCUUCAACCGAAUUCCAUGGACUUUGGGAAAGUCUGGUCUACGAUUCCGAGAUUAAACUGCAGCUGCUCAAUUACGUGAUGACGACACUGCUGUUCUCGGACAAGAACGUGAACAGCAACGUCAUCUCCUGGAAUCGCGUGGUCCUCCUGCACGGACCUCCGGGCACGGGAAAGACGUCCCUGUGUAAAGCCCUGGCACAGAAGCUCUGUAUAAGGCUGUCGAAAAGGUAUCGAUACGGGCAGCUGAUUGAGAUUAACAGCCACAGCCUCUUCUCUAAAUGGUUCUCGGAGAGUGGCAAGUUGGUGAUGAAGAUGUUUCAGAAGAUCCAGGAGAGCAUCGACGACCAGGAGGCCCUUGUCUGCGUGCUCAUUGAUGAGGUGGAGAGCUUGACGGCGUCGCGCUCCGCGUCGCACUCGGGAACGGAGCCGUCGGACGCAAUCCGCGUGGUGAACGCGCUCCUCACCCAGAUCGACCAGAUCAAGCGGUACUCCAAUGUGAUCAUCCUGACAACGUCAAACAUCACGGGGAAAAUCGACGCAGCCUUCGUCGAUCGUGCCGACAUCAAGCAGUACAUCGGGCCCCCCUCGGUCUUGGCCAUCUACCAGAUCUUCCUGUCUUGCCUCGUGGAGCUCAUGAAGAAGGGCAUCAUCCGUACACACCAACUGCUGAGCUUCCGGCAGCUGGAGAUGAUGAAAUUUGCCGAAACAGACAUGUCGCAGCCCAGCCUGUACCUCCACACCAUCGCUAAAAAGAGCGAGGGCCUGAGUGGAAGGGUCCUGCGGAAACUCCCCUUCAUCGCCCACGCGCUCUACGUUAAGGAAUCCACUACACUGUCAUGCUUCCUGGAGGCGUUGUCGCAGGCCGUCGAUCGUCAGUUCACCGAGCGCGCCAAUCUCGCCUAGCGGACUCGGAAUUCC